AUUUAAAGUGCAAAUAUUUCUAGACAUGUCUGACGCCAGCAAACCUUCUCUUCGUAUCGACUGGUUCGAUGGCACCCUUAUCGAAGAAACCAGGUCAAAUACUGGCCGAAAUGCAUCAGAAUUCGCUGAUGAAGAACAACCAGCCACGCAAACGACGGCCGAAGUCCCACAGUUCCAGAAAAAACCUAUAGGCUAUAAGAAGUUACUAGAUAUCUCUAUGCUCAAACCGCCGGCACUAACCUUAGAAAUAUCACAUAAAAACAGCUUCUGGUACCUCAUGGAUAGUGAAUUAAAAGGAGACUUUAUAGUGCUAAUAGUAAAAAUUCUCGCCAAUGUGUAUAAAUCGCUCGAACCUGGUGAAAAGUCUAUGAUUAUUACUGUAUUGAAAUCAAAGUUUUUAAAAUCAAACUUUUUGAAUACCUUGAAGGAGUAUCUAAGUGGGUUACCGGCUGUACGCGUGGUAGAAAAAAGAAUUAAUUCCCAGCUGUGGGAUGACGCAGAAUCUUUUUACUUCAAUGUCCUAGCUAUUUGUGCAGGAAUUUAUAAUUUUAGUGGUAAAAAUAGGGAAUAUUUGAGUGAAGCUCAAUCCUUGUUGGAGGUUUUAGAAAUUAGUGCAUUAGGAGUUAAGGAAGAGCAUACCGAGAGGUUUAGAGAUGAGCUAUUUAUUGAAAUAGAGGAUUUAAAAACUAAGCUAUUAAAUAGUUUAAAGAAGGAGUCUUCGGAACCAACAAGAUCGCAAGCCAACCAAAGUAAAGACUUCAACCACUUCAAAAACCUCAACAUCUUCCCAACUAAAGCGGACUUGCUUGGAAACACUGCACUUAACAUUCAGCCAAACAUAAUAAAUGGGGCGUACCCUAGCGUGGAACAUUAUUUAGAUGUGCAGUUCAAGCUGCUUCGGGAAGAUUGCUUCGGACCGUUGAGAGAGGGGAUAAGUAAAUAUAUGGAAAAUCCAAAUAAAAGAAGACAUGAAAAUAUCAGAGUAUAUCCCAAAGUGAGAAUCAUCCGCACAUACAUAAGCAACAACAAAGUCGGUCACCUAGUGGACAUCGCUUGGACGGACCGCAUCAACCACGGCCUGUUUGACAGCAAGAAAUAUGUGUACAGCAAGCGACUUAUGUUUGGCUCUCUUUUGCUCUUCACUAGUGAUAACUUUGAGACAAUAUUGUGCGCGACUGUACUGGAUUCAGGAUUAAAUUUGCUGAGCGAUGGAUGUAUCGCGGUAUCGUUUCACAACCCCGUAUCAAAGACAAUAUUCGAGCAACAGUUCUUAAUGGUGGAGAGUGAAGUGUUCUUCGAGCCCUACCAUAGAGUUCUGAAAGUCAUGCAAGAGUCUAUGGAUGAUUUGCCGAUGAAAAAAUACAUUGUCGAUGUGCAGACUCAAACUCAACCGCCAGCCUACCUCACCCCAGAAACGAUAUACACCAUACCCGACUGCAAAGAAGACACCUACAUCCCAGUCUUGGACACCGACCAGUGGCCGACACCCUUCGACCUCGACCAAUCACAACUAGAAGCUUAUAAACUGGCUUUAACUAGAGAAUUCGCUGUCAUACAAGGCCCCCCAGGCACUGGUAAAACUUUCAUAGGGGUCAAAAUCGCUUCAACAAUUUUAAAGAAUUUAUCCUUAGAAGGUACACCAAUGUUGAUUAUCUGCUAUACGAAUCACGCCCUAGAUCAAUUCCUUGAAGGAAUUUUAAAAGUUACUGAUAAUAUUGUGAGGUUGGGCAGUCAAAGUAAGAAUAAAACUAUGGAGCAAUACACUUUGAAUAGUAUGAGAACGAAAAUCAAAUGCAAAUAUAGCUAUCUCUAUUCCAAUAAAAGGAAAGAACUAGAAAAGAUUUUCAAUGAAAUGACAGAAGUGCAAACUGAGAUAGAGAAAUGCGAGAAAGAGAUAAUUUCUUAUAAAAGUAUAAAACCUUAUCUAAAAAUUGAUGGUAAAUCGUUAGAAUUGAAAAGUUCAAAUGAAGAUUCAGUACUUACUUGGUUGUUAAGUCAUUUAGAUGACAAAUUUGAAGAUGUAGAAGAAGUUGAAGAUUGGGAAAAGUUUGAUGAUUUGGACAUCAGUACUGAUAAGUUAGAUACUUGUUUCUCUGAACAAAUGGCUUUAAAAGAUAUGGAGAGUAUGAGAAGUAGCAUGAAGUAUGUGAAAGAUGUUACUGAGGAUCCGGAUGAGGCUAAGAAAAUGGAGGAGAAAUUUUUAGAUAAAAUUGAUAGGGUUAGGAGAAGAUUGGAUUGUUUUAAGAAAAACAUGUUGCGACGAAAUGAAAAUAGAUCACUGAUACCAAAUGUCACCGACCUUCACAGUUUGGAGCCAGAAUUACGUUGGCAAAUAUAUCACAUGGCAGUGGGCAACAUAAAGAAUGAACUGAUGGCGAAAAUGAACGCGUUGAUGGACCAGCAUACGACUGUAAGCGAAGAAUUGGAGGAGGUAGCAACGCUCAUCGAUGGUGAAGUGAUGUCCACAGCGCGGGUAGUAGGGGUCACCACUACCGCCGCCGCUAGACGACACGAUCUGCUCAAACGGCUUAUGUCGCCCAUAGUGAUAGUAGAAGAGGCAGCGGAAGUACUGGAGGCUCACAUAGUGGCUUCGCUGACGAAUCGCUGCCAGCAUUUGAUACUUAUAGGGGACCACAAGCAGCUAAAACCAUCAGCAGCCCACUACAAGCUAGCAAAACACUACAACUUAGAAAUAUCCCUUUUCGAGCGCAUGAUCCGUAACGGGAUACACGCGCGUACCCUCACGACACAGAGACGUAUGCGGCCAAAAUUUACCAGUCUUAUAGUACCAGUCAUAUAUGAGAGACUUGAUAGCCACCCUAGUGUGUUUGAAUAUAUGGAUGUGAGGGGAAUGAAGGAGAAUUUGUGGUUUUAUAGCCAUGAUGUUUAUGAGGAUUCUGAGGGUUUAGAAGAUAGUUGGAGCCACAGGAACACGUUCGAAGCGAAAUGGUGCGUGGCCCUGGCAGACUACUUGCGCAAAAUGAAGUACACACCGGGGGAAAUCACCAUACUGGCCACCUAUACUGGACAAGCGACGCUUAUUAAAGAACUAACCAAAAACUACGAUUCUCUUCGAGACGUCAAAGUGACAGUAGCCGACAACUACCAAGGCGAAGAGAACAGGAUAGUCAUAUUAUCGCUAGUGAGGAGUAACAGAAACGGCAAGAUCGGGUUCCUUUCUGCUGAAAAUAGGAUCUGUGUGGCUCUAUCCCGCGCUAAGGAGGGUUUCUACAUAUUCGGAAACAUGACUGUCCUGCAAUCUUCUAGUCGGCUGUGGAAGCAAAUCAACACAAGAUUGAUUGAACAAACCGCUAUUGGCGACAAAAUAACGCUUACAUGCGAAACGCAUAAAACUACUGUUGAUGUAUCUAAUGUCCAUGACAUGAACCGUCAAGGCACGUGUAUUUCGUUGUGUAAAAUGAAAAACACAUGAACAAUAUAAUUUCAUUUUAUUUCUAAAUCGUGUUCGAAGUAACAUUAUGGUGCUAAAAAUACAAAGGUCCCA